CAUUAAUCCUUUAUAUUCAAACCUUGUUUCUCUCCACAUUCUCCCCAGUGAGUCUCUCUCCGUUUUCUUUCUAAUCAUCCAUUUCUUGAUCAAUUAUCAAAAUAUCAAGUCUUUUCCUGUGUACAACCAAAAAAGGGCUCCCAAAUACAAAAGCAAAAAGAAAAGAAAAAAUACAUUGCCGCCACCAGCAAGACCAGCAGUGCCCUCAAGAAACAAGAAGAUUCGCAUAAUUAAAAGCACAGAAGAAAACUUCCACAAUACCAUUGCGAACCUCAAUCGACCAAUCUUUAUCUUCCAUUUCCUUUGCCUAAAGAAUUGUUCAGAGUUCUUGACAAUUUUUUUUUUCAAAUCCUAGCACUGUUCUUUGUUUCAAGAAAAUCUGAAAAAAAAUUAAGAUAAGCAGAUUGGUCUCAAAGUAGGGGAUUUAGAAACUGGGUGUUUUCCAAAUCUUCAAGAUUUUGAGAGAAUAGUGUCCCAGAUGAUGCACAUUGAUGAUAAUCCAUCAACCCCUGGGAAGUUCAAGAUGGAGAAAUCUCCAUAUCAUAGGCAGAGGCUCUAUUCUUCUUUAGCCAAGCUCACGUUUUGGUCUUUUGUUUUCAUUGUGUUGAUCUUUAUGUUCUUGUUUAGAUCAUCAUCAUCUUCAUCAAAAGUCCCUUCAGAUCUCUCGAGGAGGUCUUUAAGAACCAGUUCUUAUGGUGGUCCGGUCUGGGAAAAAAGGGUCAAGGCCUCAGCUAAAAUCAGGUCAAAAAAUGGGCUUUCUGUUUUGGUAACCGGGGCUGCUGGCUUUGUAGGUACCCAUGUAUCGGCUGCCCUCAAACGCAGGGGGGAUGGCGUUUUGGGGCUUGAUAAUUUUAACGAUUACUAUGAUCCGUCCCUUAAAAGGGCGCGGCAGGCACUAUUGGAGCGCACCGGCGUGCACAUUGUGGAGGGUGAUAUCAAUGAUGUUACCCUCUUGAAGAAGCUUUUUGAUAUUGUUGCAUUCACCCAUGUAAUGCAUUUGGCCGCACAGGCCGGUGUGAGGUAUGCCAUGGAAAAUCCUAGCUCCUAUGUGCAUAGUAAUAUUGCUGGUCUUGUUAGUGUGCUUGAGGUUUGUAAAAGUGUCAAUCCUCAGCCUGCAAUUGUGUGGGCAUCUAGUAGUUCCGUUUAUGGAUUAAAUACUAAGGUGCCCUUUUCGGAGAGGGAUAGAACAGACCAGCCGGCUAGUUUGUAUGCAGCCACUAAGAAGGCUGGUGAGGGAAUUGCACAUACCUAUAACCAUAUAUAUGGACUUUCACUUACCGGCUUGAGGUUCUUCACAGUUUAUGGACCCUGGGGUAGGCCAGAUAUGGCAUAUUUCUUUUUCACACGGGAUAUUUUGAAAGGGAAGUCUAUCCCCAUCUUUCAGGCACCUAAUCAUGGAACUGUGGCAAGAGACUUUACGUAUGUUGAUGAUAUUGUGAAGGGUUGUUUGGCGGCGUUGGACACUGCUGAGAAGAGCACUGGUAAUGGUGGCAAGAAAAGUGGGCCAGCACAACUGCGCAUUUACAAUUUGGGGAACACUUCUCCUGUUCCUGUUUCGGAUCUUGUUAGCAUUUUAGAAAGAUUGCUCAAAGUAAAGGCAAAGAGGUUAGUUAUGAAGUUGCCUAGGAAUGGGGAUGUGCAGUUUACACAUGCUAACAUAAGCUUAGCUCAGAGAGAGCUCGGAUAUAAGCCCACAACAGAUCUGCAAACGGGAUUGAAGAAAUUUGUUCGAUGGUAUCUCAGUUACUAUGGCAAUGGGAAGAAAAGCGCGCAGUGAUACAUUCUUUUCAUUUGUGUGGUAGGAUCAUUCUAUUCUUGUUCAAUAUGAUUUUUGUGAUUGUUUUUUACCUGUCACAGUUUGUAGCCCAGUUAUCUUGUUUUCGCAUAUAUCUUAAUGAUUUCAUAUAAGGAGAAAAAUUGUAAUCCCACGACGGAAAGGUUCUUUUGGUUGGUCAUGAUUGCUUUCAUGGGAAAAUUGAUAUGUAUCAAAAGACAAAACCCAACUUUUUCACUCUAAGAAAUGUAACUGUUGUAGUUCUAUCAUUGUAGAAUUCAUGACUGAUCGAGCAAUUUGCUGAUUGAUGGAAGUGUAUCACCUUUAAGGAGUUCAAAUAAAAUAGCACACAACGGUUGAUUGUC